AAAGACAUGCACCAGGAGAAGGAGACUAAAGGGAGGGCGCAGAGAUUUUGGAACCAGGACAAUGGCACCCAAAGGUAUAAAAGGUUGGUAGGUGGGGUGAAAUCAGGUCAGGAGCAAUUUGGACACACACAGGAUUUACACUGUCGGUCAUGGCUGACUUUGACUGCGUUUUGAAGUGCUGGGGCCCCGUAGAGGCUGAUUACAGUGGCAUGGGAAACUUGGUGCUCACCCGUCUGUUCACAGAGCACCCCGAGACUCAGAAGCUCUUCCCCAAAUUUGUGAGCAUCCCUCAGGGGGAGCUGAGCGGCAACGCUGCCGUCUCCGCUCAUGGGGCCACUGUCCUGAAGAAGCUGGGUGAGCUGCUCAAAGCCAAGGGGAACCACGCUGCCAUCCUGAAACCUCUGGCCAACACUCACGCCAACAAGCACAAGAUCGCCCUCGGAAACUUCAAGCUGAUCACAGAGAUCAUCGUGAAGGUGAUGGCGGAGAAGGCGGGGCUGGAUGCUGCGGGACAACAGGCCUUCAGAAAUGUCAUGGCCACGGUCAUCGCUGACAUCGACGCCAACUACAAAGAGCUGGGAUUCGCCGGCUGAAAUCGAAAUCAGAUCCAACGUUGGCUGCACCUGAUAACUCUUAGUGAUGUAACAAUGGUGUCCGGUUUCCAGUUUGAUCCUAAUAUUUUCUUGAGUAAAUCACUAUAAACAUUAUGAACAUGCGUUUCAAAUAGUUUAGCAAUAAAUGGCAUCUUUGUUUCAGUUCGUUUUUCGUUGCCGUCCAAACUGUAAUUAUGUUCCUCAAUAAAAAACUGUAAAAAGUGAAUCUGGAGUUAAAUAUAUUGUCGUCUGCCUUGUGUCUUGGAGUAGAAUGAAUGAAACUUGGCAACAAUUUCACAAAAAAGAACUUAGAUACAACAGUUUUAAAGAGGUUCAUGUCUCUUAACAAUAAAAAAGGAGUUU